UCGCUCACCAGAAAUCCUCUUCUCUACUCAAAUUAGACAGUUCUGUAUAAAUAUGUUUAGUCACGAUAGUUGCUCGAAUCUUGCCUAUGGAUAGAUUAUACGUAACACACUUAAUACCGCUUUAUACCUAAAUUCAUGUGAGAGGAAAUUAAGUUGACGAAAAUGCCUUUUAGUGAUAAAAGUGCCCUCUGACCCACAGCUCUAAAAUUAUGAAAGUUACAUGUGAUUAGUGGGGUAUCUCUCAUCAGGUGGGGUUUGGGUUAAGGGUCGGCUUGAGGUAUGCUUAAAUAAAUAAAAUGUCCAAUGGUUAAUCUAGCUGGAUAUAUAUUAUCAAGUCUGCAACUCGCUGUGACCAGAUCGUGACAUACACCAGCAGUUGAAAAUGGAGGAUGAGAGAACCGCGAGUGAUGAAGUAUGUCCGUGGUUGGCGCCUUUGACUGAACUUGUAAUAAACAGAAGGUGGACAGAAGUUGGUCACAAUUUGACGUUAAUUUCAGAGGCAUUUUCGAAACCUGAAAAUAGGAAAAGAUUAUCCUUGCAGGUGCUAGAAGAUUUAGGCACAAUUCUGCAUGUGUUGGCUGAUGGUUUUGAGGUUGAUUCACUACAUGUAGCUACUGCUGUGACUGAAACUUUCCGAGCACUAAGAAACAGUUGUGUUUGUGAGCCCAGGAUCCAGAAAGCAUUGACUGAAAGAACUAUAGCUGUUGAUGAAACCUGCAGCAUCUUGAAGUCAUUGGCUUCACUGACAGGAAAUCACUAUAAUAUUACUUGUUUACAAGUUGGAACACAGUUUUUAGGAAACCUUGUUGUGAACAACAAGGGAACUCAGCCUGUAAUUUGGAAUAAGUGCUCAGAAGUCUUAAUAACUCUAAUGAAGCACGAAGAUGUGAAAGUUGCAAAUUAUUCAUCAAUGGUGAUAUACAACAUCUUACUGGGCUGUACUGACAUAAGAAUUGUUGUAGAGAAUUCUAAAGAAAUUUUGGAAAUCCUGUUAGACAAUGCUGCUAAAAACUCAGAGUUUGCGUUGUAUGCUGUUCAACUGUUGCUGUCAGGCGUGGGAUAUUUACCAAAGAUGUAUGAUAAAGUUGACGUUACAUACCGUCUCCUCUUACUUGAGACUCUGCAGUGCAUGGUCACAGACAGUGACACCUCUGUUCCUGUUGCGUCAAUCAAGUUCUUGGUCAGACAGUUCAAAGAUUGUUCUGACUGCAUUAUGAAGACCUGUGACAAGUAUGUGGAACGUUUGGAACCUGAAGAAGUGACAGAACUUUUGCAACUCUUGGCCUCUGCAUCUGCCAAGAGCAGAUAUCUCUCAGAGUUGCAGAAGGAUAUGUCCCUUCUCAUUACAUGUUCAGCAUUGCUGACGAGCAUGCACAGCCUGGGCAAAAUGGGAGAGAACAAUUUCACAUUGAUUCAGAAGUUGUCUGACUUGUCAGUCUCCACACAAAGGAGUGACAUCCGUGAGCACCCUGCAUUUGAAUUCAAAAGCUAUUUAGUGAAACUGCUGGGUAACCUCUGCUGGAGACACCCAGAAAACCAAAAUCAGGUUCGAGAGCUGGAUUGUAUCCCUGUUCUUCUGGACUGCUGUAAUAUCGAUGCAAGAAAUCCAUUGAUAAUGCAGUGGGUAGUGCUGGCAAUUCGGAACUUGUGUGAGAACAACUUUGAGAACCAGGCUGUGAUUGCCUCCAUGACUCGUAAAGGGACAGUCGAUUCCUCUGUUCUCCGUGAGAUGGGUCUCGCUCUGCACGCAAGCGAUGAGAGCAAGAUUAUUAUCAUGCCUCGUGACAGCAUGUCUUCUGUGUGAUGUCAUGGCAGGGAUCAGAUAGUGACUGGAUAAUGCUCCACAUGUUAGGUAUUUGAAUCACUGCCUACCAGAUUGGUUAGCCAUUAUGAGACAACAGUACCAGUAUACAUGAAAUCAGAGAACAUUAAGUAUGUGUGUGUUUGUGUGCGUGCAGAAUGUUCGUAAAGUCUGGAAUAGAAUGCGUAAGAAUUAUCUCAUUCUGUUUAUUCACUGGGUUGUGAUACAUUAAAGUUGGAACUUCUGAGCCAUUC